GCCAAUCUCUUUUUUUGUUUGUUUUAAUUUUUUUUAAUGUUUGUUUAUUUUUGAGACAGAGAGACAGAGCGCAAGUGGGGGAGGGGCAGAGAGGGAGACACAGAACCCGAAAUAGGCUCCAGACUCUGAGCCGUCAGUCAGCACAGACCCUGAUGCGGGGCCUGAACCCACAAAUCGGGAGAUCGUGACCUGAGCCGAAGUCAGACACUUAACCGACUGAGCCACCCAGGAGCCCCAGUCUUCUUAUGGAGAGGAAAAACCCGUCCCCAGUAACCACCACUGUCACCCAAUGGUGGUGACCCCUCGUUCUAGUUACGGGCUGGUACACUCAUUUGGUUCAAUGUAAUGCUGUAUUACUAAUGGCCAUUCUUUUUUACUGGCUAUUUUCCAUUAUGAAAGUUAAACCAUUCUCAUUAAAAGGAAAUUGGAAAAUGUAGAAAAGCCAAUUAGUGCCUUAUACUGACAAAUCUUUUUGCACGUUUUGUACACCUCCUUCAGGAUCUCACCUUCUCCGUCACAUUUUCUUGGUUGGCUUUCUAUUACAAAAGUAAGGUAGGCUGUAGAAAAAAGUUUUAACCAUCAUAGAGACAUAUAAACUAAAAAGAAAAAAAGUCCUUCAUAUAGACCCUUCCCCAACCCUUGUUCAGAUUUCUGUUUAGAAAUCUGAGCAGAAAUGUACUCAGACCCAUAUAUAUUCCUUGCUUUUAGCAAAAGGGGGAUUUCCUUCAAUAGCUCUGUGGUGGGUUUUUUUGUUGUUUUUUUUUUUUAAUGUCUUAUUUAUUUUUGAGAGACAGAGUGCAAGCAGGGGAGGGGCAGAGAGAGAGAGGGAGACACAGAAUCCAAAGCAGGCUCCAGGCUCCGAGCUGUCAGCACAGAGCCCGACGCGGGGCUCGAACCCACGAACCGUGAGAUCAUGACCUGAGCCCAAGUUGGUCACUUAAUCGACUGAGCCACGCAGGCGCCCCCGUGGUGGUGGUUGUUUUAACUGAAAUUUGACACAUGUAGAAAAGUGCACGCAUGCUAAGGGUACAAAUCUGUGAAUCGUCAUGAAGCACACACCUGGGAAAGCAGAACAAUGUCCCCUCCCCCCAUCAGGAGCCCCCCGAGUCCUGCCAGCAACGCUUGCCCUUUCUCUGGCCAUCCACUCUCCUAACUUCUUUUUUAACGUAAGCUCUGUGCCCAACGUGGGGCCCGAACUCAUGACCCCAAGAUCCAGAGCUCUUCCGACAGAGCCAGCCAGGCACCCCCACUCUCCUGACUUCUCACGCCACGGUCCCGUUUGCCUCUUCCCGAACCUCAUGUAAUUGGACUUAUGCUCCAGAAUGCGUGAGGGGACACCCGUGUCCCACGUCGGUUCAUGCUGUCUCAUGGCUGGGACAUCCGCUGUGUGUUCCCAGACCCUUGGGACUGGGAUUUGAGUCUAAGAUUUGGCUUUCCUCUUCUUCUCCCAGAAUCAAGCCCCUGUCCUCAGACACACUACCUUCACACCUGUUUCUGUCCGAAGGUAGUUUUCUGUCCUACUGACUAGACACGACUGUAAUCAGGGACGCUGGGGGUAAAACCACUUUCACCGGCCAGUGGCCAGCCCAGGGCGGGGGCGGGGAUGGCGAGGUGGGGGCUGGCCCCGGGGGCUCCACGCCCAGACGUGCUGUUGAAAUUUUGUGUUGCUUUAAUGGCCUUUACUUUCUGAGCUAGGGGCUACCUCCGUCCGUAGCAAAAGUGUAACUUUGUUGUAGGUGAGCGUAAGCCUCGCCCUGGAGAGCGCUAGUAAGUAGACCAGGUGAACCGGACCCUUCUCUGUCCUCGCCGAACCUGAUCCUGGGCCUGAACUGCACCCUGCCACGCCCCUCCUCCCCACCCCCCCAGAGUCCCCUCCCGGAGGAGCAGGGGACAGGUGAACCUGGCCCAGCGCAGGUCGUGGGGCGGGGACCCGGGUGGGGCUGGUUGGGGUCUCCCAGCCGCGUGGAGAGCUGGCAGCCCUUCUGGGCGUGUGAGACAAUCACCACUUGUCCGGGGGCGGGUCCACCAACCCGAGAUCCCGUCACCCCAAAACGGUCACCUCAACUCUAGAUAUUACAAGACCUGGGCCCCAUUUCACCCCCAAACCUAGGCCCCCCAAGACACCUGGCCAGCAAGCACUCGUCCCAGGUCCGGGGGUCAGAAACAAAGGGGAGAGGGGCCUCUGCGCUCCCUGUGGGACCCGAGCCUGGCCUGAGCCUGGGCCUGAGCCAGUCCGAGCCGCAAAGACUGGGAGCCGCUGUCCAGGUAGCUGUCUGAAGGAAAGCGCAACCCACAGCGGGGACGGCUGUACUUCCUGUCACUUCUGCUACCACGGCCCACUCAGUGCCCAUGUUGGGGGCUGCGCGCGAGAGAGAAGUGUUCCAGGUGGGAUGUCAGACCACGGAAGGGAAAACGAAAAGCCCUCACGGCACAAAAACCACCCAGAGCGGCGCUCAAGGUGGUCCUGUGUGAUCACUGUUCGACAAGCACUUCUGCCUUUCUCUGAAAAUCCACCCCUCCCCCCACCAAGAGCCGGCAGCAGCAGCCAGCCACAGGGUGUGCUCGGUGGUCAGCGCCUCUGGGGGCCGUGGCCACCAGCCGCAGAGGUCCUCCUGUGCGGAGAUGGUACGUCCGUGUUCUUAGAAAACCUUCUUUUGUAAGUGCACUUAGCCAUAGAAGGCCCACUGGAGGGCUCUCACCAGCCAGCACCCCCCCACACACACUCUGGCCCCCACCAACACAGCCGCCCAUGUCGCUGCAGAGGACAGACAGCCUGGGCGGAGUUGCAAAACAUCUCAGCCUCAGUCUUCCCAUCUUUGAAAUGGGAGGGACAAGCGCACGCACCUCGGCCGGUGAUUCCAACGUUAGGCCCUCUGGUGCUGCCAGGCACAGAGUGGCAUUCGUGCCAUGGCCCUGGCUGUGGUGAUGGUUGCUGAGUCCGCUCCUGAGAACGUGACUUAACCUAGCUCCCCCCCCCCCCCCAACCCCCGGGACCUGGAUUCCAAGUUCAGGAAAUGUGCUCCCGCUCCGAGCCAUGGGGCCUGAGCAUCAAGCCCAGAGAUAAGCUCUGGGGUCAAUCGAGAACACUUUUUUCACAGUAAGAGGUUCUGGACCACAGGGCUCCAAGGGUGGCUGGGCGUGAGCCCCCAGGCCCCGAAGGUGGUGACAAGGUCCUGCGGUCGCUAAGGAGGCCAUGAGCUCCUCUCCUGUCCCUGCUUUGUGAACUCACGACCACUAUCCGCACAAGGGGCUACUGGCAGAAAUCAGGAUCCCUCAGCAUCCGAGCCUCCUUGCCUUUAACACCCAUGGAGGCACUGCCAGCCCCUGACGAGGGGAGCUGAGUGAUAAGAAUUAGGUGCGGCUGCAGGUCCAGAGCAUGGAGAGGCCUCAGUACCGAGGGACCCUGCACUGCUUCCAGUCCAUCGUCAAGCAGGAGAGUGUGUUGGGCCUGUACAAGGGCCUGGGCUCGCCCCUCAUGGGGCUCACGUUCAUCAACGCGCUGGUGUUCGGCGUGCAGGGCAACACCCUGCGGGCGCUGGGCCGCGACACGCCGCUGAACCAGUUCCUGGCCGGCGCGGCGGCGGGCGCCAUCCAGUGCGUCAUCUGCUGCCCCAUGGAGCUGGCCAAGACGCGGCUGCAGCUGCAGGACGCGGGCCCGGCCCGCACCUACCGCGGCUCGCUGCACUGCCUGGCGCACAUCUACCGGCAGGAGGGCCUGCGCGGCGUCAACCGGGGCAUGGCCUCCACCCUGCUGCGCGAGACGCCCAGCUUCGGCGUCUACUUCCUCUCGUACGACGUGCUGACGCGCGCGCUGGGCUGCGAGCCCGGCGACCGGCUGCUGGUGCCCAAGCUGCUGCUGGCGGGCGGCACGUCGGGCAUCGUGUCCUGGCUGUCCACCUACCCCGUGGACGUGGUCAAGUCGCGGCUGCAGGCCGACGGGGUGCGGGGCGCCCCGCGCUACGGCGGCUUCGUGGACUGCGUGCGCCAGAGCUACCGCGCCGAGGGCUGGCGCGUCUUCACGCGCGGGCUGGCGUCCACGCUGCUGCGCGCCUUCCCCGUCAACGCCGCCACCUUCGCCACCGUCACCGUGGUGCUCACGUACGCGCGCGGCCCCGAGGCCCGGCCCGAGGGCGACGCUGUGCCCGCCCCGUCGGGGCCCGGCCUGGCCCAGCCCUCCAGCCUGUGAGGCCGGCGCGCGGGAGCGUCCCGGGCUCCGGACCGCAUCGGGCCCGGGCUGGAUCCCACGCGCCGGCGAGGGGCGCCCUUGGCCGCAGGCUUGACGUGCGCGGCGUCCUCGGCCGUGAAAUGGGGGGCCUCACACCCGCAUUGUGCACUCCCCGAGCGCAGAGGUGGCGCCCCGCGUGCACCGAGCCCGUUGCUGUUACCUGGGGAGUCUUCCGGAAACCCAGCCGACACUCCAGCCCUUUCCUGGGGUCCGGGUCGACGCCACCGCGGGGUCUUUGAUGACCCACCCGUGGGCUAUCCAGUGACUAACUCCACCUGGCAGAGCCCCAGGGACACUUCUUGGCCACCUGUCCGUUCUCUGUGUUAGGGACAGAGAGGCAGCUCCACGUAACUCCUGGUGUCCCAGAACACUCUGCCGGUACCGCCCAGCUUCUCCGGUUGGCACGGCUGGGAACGCCGUUACUGCUGCCACUCCCACUGGAGGGUGACCUGGGGGACCCGCUCAGAAGCUUGGGGCCGGCUGGCGGCUCCGUAUUAGCCUAGGGGCUGGGGGACCAGCCACUGGCCACUGGGACGGAAGAUGGACAGUUAAGUCCAGCUGUGGAGCGGGGAGGGCUUGCCACCCUCUAGUCCUCAGGCUGCCCGUCUAUAUAAUGGGGACGCGGGUCAGCUGCUGUGUGCGGCUCUGGCCCGCUACCACUGGCCAGUUCCCCAGGAUGUGCAGCGGUCAUCGGGGACGUGGGUACAGGAAGAUCCCCACUCCCCAGCAAAUGAGGUCUCUCCCAGGGAGUCGUGCUUGGUGUUCCCAUGAGGCCACAAAGGGAGGGCUGUUCGUGGGCACAGGUGUGGCCAGUGUGGGCCCCUCUGGGCCAAGCGGGAUCCGAGCCUGUGCUCCUGGGACUGUGAGCCUGGGGCAGCCCCAGCACAUCUGGAACAGCGUGGCCGUGUGUUUGGACAGGGAGGCGGAUGGUUUUGCACAGGUUGGAAAGGACUGUGGCCUCCUUUGCCCUGAGUGGAGCUCAGCCAAGAUCUUGGGCCAUGUGAUACGUUCUCCCAGGAGGCAGACUGGGGUCAAGGAUGACCAGACUCUAAUCCUAUUCUCGUGGUGUCAUUGCUGUAUAGAAACCGCUGAAGGAAUAAAAUAUUCUUUGUUUUCUUAA